AUGGCCUUCAUAUCGAGAAUUCUGGUCAUCCUGAUGCCCUAUGCCCUGGCACAGCAGUUCACGGGCUUCGUCUCUUCCUAUGAGUACUUCGAUCUGAGUGCAUCAUGCCUUCGCACGCUCAACACCACCUUGGAAUGCUCGGGACGGCUUGCCUCUCAUGCGAAUUUCGAAUCACACAGGGUCGACGUCCUUGAUGCCGAUGGCAUAGCCACGAUUUGCACUGCUGAAUGCAGACAAUCAAUGGAAGAUUUGCGGUCCCGAAUCGAAAGCGACUGCGACCCUAAAAACGACUUACUCGAUCAUGGUCUAACACUGUUCCCUGCAACACACAUUCUGGACCGGUAUAUCUACACCUAUGAGAUUUCUUGUUACACGGACCGCGACUCGGGAGAGCCUUGCGAUUCGAUUUUGGGCACAUGGAGGAACCAAACUGAUGAUGGUCCACACGACUGCCACGACUGUAUCCUUGGGCCGAUGGAAAUCGAGGUCAACUCGGAAAUCGGCCACACGGAGGACCGGGCUAUCGAAUUCCAGGCUGCCGUCUUGAGUUGCAGCAAGACAGGCUACACUUACACCCAGCCGAGCACACACAGCACGGCAUCUGCGGCGCCAGCCGAGUCCACCAUUGCAGCUCUUGGAUGGUCCGCUCAGCGUAUGUCGGCCGACUGCGCUUCUACGUACCAUGUACGAGACGGCGAUACUUGCGAGAGAAUUUCGGCCGAGCAGAGUGUUUCGUCAAAAGGCCUCAUCGAGGCGAAUGAUGUUAUCAACGGAUGGUGCAACGGUCUCGAAGCGGGACAAGAACUGUGCAUGCCUGCCAAGUGCGAUGUUCAUUUCAUCCAACCUGGCGACUCAUGCGAGUCUCUGGGUGAAAAGUACGGGGCUACGCCAAAGGAUCUUCAAGAUUGGAAUCCAUUAAUGUACAUCCAGUGUGAUGACUUCGAGUACACGAAAUCCACUUACGUGUGUGUCGGCAGGAGCUUCCACUACCAGGAGGAACUCCACAUUUGCGACAGCUCGGCUCGCUAUAGGAAUAACGACUUCAGUGUCUGA